UCGGCUUCCUUCUCCCCCAGAUCCCUUCCUCCCCCUGCCCCCGUCACGCGAGGCUGCGGCGCACGGUAUGGGUGUGUUUGUGUGUGUUUCUGUGGGGAGGGUGUUUGGAGGGAAGGUUACCGGGAGCUCCGCGGCCGCUGGGGGGCAGGGGUGCCGGUGACGAAGAUGGGGGUAUUUUCUGUGUCUUCCACUUGGAAGCCUCAAUCCCCUCUUCAGCCACUCUAGGUACUUUUUGGGGCCCAGUCGAGGGGCGUCCCCGGCCAAAGCGUCCCCAUCCUUUUGGGAAGGCGGAACCCAACCUCGGGGCCGUCCCAGAGGAGCGUGAGCGGGGAGUGCGCUAGCCAACUUGGCCGUCCGGAUUCCGAGCCAGAGCAGCCUCCGGCCUCAGUCCGGAGAAAAAUCUGCCUGUCGGCCUGGGCUGGGGAGAGGCGGCGGUGGCGAGGCCCACGGGUGAGGGCGGAAUAACCGGUGGGAAGGCUGCGUUUUCACGAAGGACUCGGGUGAAGCUGCAGAGCUGCCUUUGAGCCCUGACUCCUUGGCUUCCUGGGUCGGAGGAGAUCUUGUAAUGGAGUGGUUCUUCGUCUCACACUAACAAGAUGCCUGAUUUCCUCAGGAUCAAGGGAUUGAAGAAUGUCCCGAGUUCCCUUGGGGAAAGUCCUCCUGAGGAAUGUCAUCCGGCACACAGAUGCUCACAAUAAGAUUCAGGAGGAAUCAGAUAUGUGGAAAAUAAGAGAACUGGAGAAACAGAUGGAAGAUGCUUACCGGGGCACCAAAAGAAAAAUGUUACCCAGCAGUUCAAGCCGGAUGCGUAGUGAUGGUUUUGAUGAAGAAAGUCAAAGAGACUAUUGGAGGCCAAAGAAUGAAAUUUCUGGGGUACUGGAUGAUGAUUUUCUUAAGGCUAAAUCCUGGAAUAAGAAGCUGUAUAAUUAUGAAGCUAACAUGCCAGACAGAUGGGGUCACAGUGGAUAUAAAGAGUUAUACCCUGAAGAAUUUGAAACAGACAGUGAUCAGCAAGAUAUUACCAAUGGGAAAAAACCAUCUCCCCAAGUAAAAUCAUCUACCCAUGAAUCUCACAAACAUAAGAAGUCGAAGAAAUCCCACAGAAAAAAGCAGAAAAAAAAGUCACACAAAAAACAGAAGAAAAGCAAAAAGGAAGCCACAGAUAUAACAGCAGAUUCCUCAAGUGAGUUCUCAGAAGAAACUGGGGCUUCUAGUACCAAGAAAAGGAAACAACCACAUAAGCGCAAGAAAAAAUCCAGGAAAAAGUCUCUCAAGAAAUCUGCUUUAUUCUUAGAGGCAGAAAGUGACACUUCCCAGUCAGAUGAUUCUGCAUCCAGCAGUUCGGAGGAAAGUGAGGAAAGAGACACUAAGAAAACCAAAAGGAAAAAGAGAGAGAAAAAAGUUCACAUCCCUGUAGCUAACAGUGAAAUUCAGGAGAGGACAAACAAACGCACAAAUUGGAAAGUGGCUACAGAUGAGAGGUCAGCGGAGAGUUCAGAGGAUGACUAAAUGAGAAAGAAACAUUCUUUCGUUUCCUGUGUGACUCUGGAUAUUUACAGCUUUUAGACCUUAGGGCUUUGCCAGAGACUGUGUUGCUCAGCACAGGGGGCCCAAGGUCGCAGCUGUCCUGUGCCACCUCUGUACCUUCUGACAGACUUCUUGUCUUCUCUUUUGGCCUGUUAAACUUGAUCCUUUUAUUGUUAAUAGGGAAUGUUAUUUUGUUAUGAAGGUUUCUUGAAGAGAUUAUUUUUCGUGAUUAAUCACAUUUAGGGUAGAGCGCAUAUGCAGGAUAUUAAAGGACCCAGAAAGCUGAAUCCAGUUAUGACCUGGGUAUACCAGUUGGAAUGUUGAAUUUGGGGAAAGCAGGGGCUGGGGUCAAGAGAUGGAUUGGAACUAGUACUGUAUAGAAUGGUAAGGGAACAUCGUGUUGCUCUCAUCUGUUUAUAUAGCAGGUGCCACAACUUGACUUUGUCUUCAGCCUUGGUGCUUUGAUCUUUCUGUAUUUUGGCCUGUCAGGUGUGGCCCAAGUUUACUUAAUGAGGAAGUGAGCAUAAGAACAAACAUUCAUGGUUAACAUCCAUACAGAGCUGUUAUUUGUAGACACUAAGGUUUUUUGUUGUCAAACAUCCCUGCUGGACAGGGUCUGUGAGUACACUGAAUAUACCCUUAAACAUGGUAAUUGGAUAGUAAAAGGUUUUCUUAGUUCCAAUGUUGUUUAUUGCCUAAAUGGACUUAGGUUCAAAAUUAUUUCUUCAGUUGUCUUAGGCAAGUUCUAACCAAGUAGGGAAGAAUUAGGCAUCAGUCGUGCUGUCUAGUAGUGCUCUGAACAGGAUUCAGGGCAGCAACUGCUAUUUAAUUUUGUCUCCCUUAUUCAUUUCUUACCUGUUAAUGAACUUUAGGUUUUCCCUGAAACUAGGUUCAAUCAGUUUCAAAAUGAAAUAGGCUUCUCAGGGACAUAUCCAUUUCUUCCUAGUCUGCCUUUGGAUUAAAGCACCAAGCAGAGAACUUACUUCCCUUUGCUGUAUACUGUGAUCCCUACUAUGUUAAUUCUUAAGAAGCCAAAAUAUUACUAGAAGGCUGGCAGAAUACAAGUGAAUGUUUUCAUAAUGGAGUAUCAAGUAACAUUGUUUUUUCCUGGUUAUCACUUCAUGGGAGGAGUUUCAAAGUUUAAAAACAGUAGACUUUUUGUUCUUGGUUCUGCCACUCAUUGGUUGGUUAUGAGGUCUGAAGGUAAGUCAACCUCCCUGACCUUCCCCAUGAGUAAUAGACAAAUACUUGAUGUUAGCAUGAUAGGGUAAGACACCAGCAACAGAAUAUAACUGAUAGCAUUUCAUGAAAUGAUAUUUUGUAGUUCUGAACUAUUAAAUUUAUUCUCUUUACAGAACAGAUUUCUAAUAAAAUACUUAGUCAUAAAAUACAUGGUUGGCCAGAGGUUCCCUACCCCCUUGAUUAUAAGCAGGUGCUACCUUUUGGGAUAUUUAUUUGAAACAUUAAUACUUCAGUAAUCAAUACUCAAUUGUUGAUAUUCUAUGGUGUUAUAUUUUUGGGAUUAGCAGGGGCUCAAGGAGGGAAGAACAGUCUGUAAUUACUACCUCUUAAACCUGAAGCAAUUGUUUUGUUAUUAGAGCAAGUGAGAUCUUUGUGGAAAGGAGUUUUCAGCAUGGGUUUUGUUUUUUAGCAUGGUUUCUGUGCUAUAAAAGUAGUGAUUCUCUGCACAGACUCAGGAAGAUGGGCCAGUAGAACAAAGGCAUCUCUUGGAAGUUGGUUGUUGGGUCUUGACCUUCCCUUCCUCUCACACUAGCAGGCCUCUUUCCCAGUGAAUACACAUCUUGUCUGUUUUUUGCCCCUCCCCCGCCCCCAUUUACCUUUUCUUGGUCAUGUAUAAGCAAUAAAGCUGUUUUCUGUUCCUCA